AAUACGUAUAAAGUUAGAUAGUAAAGGCAUUGCACCGGGGGGUUGCAACCCUCUGAAUUUCAGUCGGCGCUCGGGAGCGGUCCGAAGCGGACGUGUCUGUCGUUUCGGGAAUCGGUGAUUUUAUUAUAAUUUAAAUUCAGUGUUUUGUGUUUAAGAAUUGUUGCGGCUAAAAAGAUUAACAAUGUACGGACGGGUCGCAUUGUUUUUGAUACAGCUUGUGUUGCUGACGCAUGCAUAUGCUCAAACUGAAACCGAAUCACCUACAACUUUAACAACUAAAGCUCCGACUACAACAACCAGUACGACGCCAGCGCCGACAACAGUGGUGUGGGAGACAGAGACAUUAAACGAGGGUCAGGCGAUACAGAAGGCACUGCAGUACCUCUUGCAGCACCGGCAGCUGGAUUGGGGCUGGGGGAAUGACACUCAUCAUGUUAUGCUCACGUUACAGCUGGCUAAUAAUACAGGCAAGGAAAUAGAACAGCAAGGAUUGGAGAUGCAGCUGUCAGCUAAACAGAUGGAGAUUGAGAUAUUGCUGAUGAUGUCUAAACAUCACGAGUCACCUCCACCUCUAGGUCGUCUAGCUGCGUAUACGCUAGCUCUAGGUGCACUCUGUAAGGACCCGCGUUCUUUCCACGGCCGGGAUCUAGUGGCCGCACUCCUCCAUAGGGAACCUCCACACGAUCUGGAGUUCGCGUACGCGACGCUCGCUGCGUGUUCGUCUGCAGCUCAUGUUCGCCGCCGGCAUAUCCGAAGACUGUUGGAUAUCGCUAAUGCUGCUGCGGACCAUAGUCUUGAUACUAUAUCGAUGGUGAUCCUGGCGCUGCGCUGCGUGGUGCAGGACCACCGGCACCGCAGUCUGAUCCACUUCGUGCGGCGCCCCAUGGCGGGGCUGGCGCGCCAGCAGCACCCUGAUGGGAGCUUCGGCUCCCUCACCACUACUGCCCUCGCUAUACAGGCUUUAGAAGAUUCAGACAGCGGGCCCGGCGCGCACCAGCACUGGAGUCUGCCGGCGGCGAGGAAGUGGCUGGGGGAGCGGCAGGGGCCGGACGGCGGGUGGGGGGACGUGGCGAAGACCGCGGCCGCGGUGGCCGCGCUCACGCCCGCCUCGCUCGCCGCCGUCAGGCCGCCGCACUGCAGCGACAAGCUGCUCGACAGCAGACACGAACCACUCGAUAAUAAUGGCGGCGAUGGCAGUUUGAAAGUUGCUUAUCAAUCUGGUCACAAUCAUAACGACUCGGACGCGCGCAACGUUUCCUUCACUUACACGCUGUGGCUCGGCACCAACGUUACUGAGAACUAUACACUGUAUAUGGUUGCUCCGAGGAACAUAUCUUUCUACCAUGUUAUGCAAAUGGCAGCUGAACAAGAGCCUAAGUUCAAGUUCGAGGCAAGUGAAUGGCCCAACGGUCACUAUGUGCACACUCUGGCGGGACAUAAGGAGGAGCCGAUGGGCUACCACUACUGGCUGCUGUACCGCCUGCCCGAGGUCCCCGACCCUGCCAGCCCCCCUGGCAACCAGCUUGUAGCACCAGUCGGUGUCGACGAUCUUCUUGUAGAAGAUGGCGAGCAUUAUCUCUUCUGGUACAAGAAGCUGUAAUUUACAAUGUCAUAGAAUAAGCAUUUUUAAUUAAAAAAUGCUUCUUUUCCAUGUAUCUCAAGUCAAAGUUAAUAUUUCAUUAGAUUUAGGAUUUUAGCUAUUAAGUAACUUGUAAUGUUUGAUUAUUAUUUCAAAUAUUAGAUUUCUU